UCUCGAUCCCUAUCCUCGUCUCCAAGGUUCCAUGAGACAAGAGAAAGCCGCCACACUUGCUACUACCGCACAGGUCCUUUUCUGUUUGAUCUGCACCGUGCCGCCUUUCGUCUCAACCGCCGGCGUGUGGAGGACUCGAGCUAGCUUUGAGAUGGAUCAGCCUGGAAACCAACCAUGGCUUGGCGGCGCUGAUGGUGCCGUCGUCAACCCGGACGUUGUACUCCCCGUCGCAUAUGGUGACGGUGGGAUGAACUGGGUGCUGUCUGCUGGUAGGGCGGCCAAUGACCCUCUUCUGCCCAACGUCGACGUGCAUGUGGCUCCCUUUUUUCUUCCAUCGCUUGAGCAUCAACACCCACACCCAGCAGAUGUGUUGGCCUGGGCCUACGAAAGAGCUCCUCCUCCUCCUCGUAUUCAUGCGGACCCACUGAUGCAGAGGUUGGAGGCCAUUGGAGCCUUGCAGGAGGUGGAACUGAUGAUUAUCCCACCGUUCCCACGCUCGGAGAUCAUGGCAGUUACAGUACAGGACGAACUCGCCGACGUGAAUGCGGCUCCGUUUUUUCUGCCAGCGCUUGACCAUCCAUACGGUCCACACCCACACCCGGGAGAUGUGCUGGCCUGGGUCUACGGACAAGGUCCUCGUAUCCAGGAGGAUCCAGUCAUGGAGAGGUUGGAGGCCAUUGGAGCAUUGCAAGAGGUGGAACUGAUGAUUGUUCCCGCGUUCCCAGGCUCGGGGAUCAUGGCAGUUAACGAGCUCGCCCCAAUGCAUCUGCCUCCUAUUGAUGCGGUUCCAGGAGCCCCAGAAGAGAUAGAGGUGGAGUUGCUCGAUGGUGAUGUACCACCGCCAUCACAAUCUCCUUGAGUCUUAAUUUUCUCAAGAUAAAGGUUGACUAGUGACUGCUGGGAAUAAAA